AUGCACGUGUUGACCAAAAUCGCCGGUUAUAUCAGUCUUUCUCAAGUGCCCGCCAGCAGCAGUUUGCCAGAGCGUCUGGGCUUGAUAGGGCCAACAACACACGUCGAGCCCAGCGCUGUUAUGCGAAUCGAUGAAUAUCUGACUGCGUUGGUGAGCAGCCUUCCUGCCAUCCCAUCAUUCAAUGCUGCUGGUUAUGAAACUGCCCAUCUCUUCGACAGACGAUCGCUUCUUCAUCGCCGUCUCGCGCAUACACGCAUCCUACUCCUCAGACCCAUGAUGGCUUGCUUCGCCUAUCGCAUCUACAAACGCAGAAAGAAGCUUUCCCGUCAACCGAAAAGGGCCUAA